UUACCCUUACAGUUGGUCUGCAGCACACUCCCUCCAACUAUUAUUGUCUACCAAACUACUGUAAACAUCCAUUAUCCACGAAUCCAAGACCCAAAAUCCAAUGGCUGAUGUAAAAAGAAUAUGAAACCUCACAUGAAUUGCAGCUGUGCUAGAUCCUUUCUCGUAGCACAUUGGGGUACUUCGUCCUACAAAACGCAAUAAAUUUUCCGAAUUCCGAGAGUCAAAUUUAGACGGAAACCGCAAAGGCCAUUUUUUUUUUUUAACGAAUAACAGUCAAAAGCUACAUUUCCAAUUUCCGAUUCUCAAAGUUUUUCAUUCCUAAAAGCUUUUUGUUUUAAUUCUUUUUAAUUCUUAAUUUGUUUUGAGAUUACUUUAAGGGCUGGACCUUUGGUUGUGGAGUGAUCUGGGUGGAAGGUUAGGGUUUGUUUCAACAGGUCAAUCGGUUUUGAAAUUGAUCGAUCAUGUUAUCGAAUCAUUUUCAAAACGGAAUGGACACGGCGAGGCUUGUUUGGUCUCGGCUUCCACAUUCAGAAGAAGGUGAGCUUGACGGAGUUGGACUCUUGAGUGCUGUAAAUAAUAGGAACGGCGUCGAGAGUCUUGAUUAUGAAGUUAUCGAAAAUUACGCUUAUCGAGAAGAACAGGCACAGAGAGGAAAGCUUUAUGUUGGAUACAACGUGGCGGUGAAAUGGUUCUUUGCUUUACUCAUCGGCAUUGGAACUGGAUUAGCCGCUGUAUUUAUCAAUAUUUCUGUCGAAAACUUUGCUGGAUGGAAGUUUGCAUUGACUUUUAACAUAAUACAAAAGUCAUAUCUGGCUGGUUGUCUAAUUUACAUCUUAAUCAACUUGGCUUUAGUCUUUUCUUCUGUAUAUAUCAUUACCCAAUUUGCACCAGCAGCAGCAGGAUCUGGUAUUCCUGAAAUCAAGGGUUAUUUGAAUGGGAUUGAUAUUCCUGGUAUCCUUCUUUUCAGAACCUUGAUUGGAAAGAUAUUUGGAAGUAUUGGUUCAGUUGGAGGUGGUUUAGCUCUGGGAAAAGAAGGUCCACUUGUCCAUACUGGGGCUUGUAUUGCUUCUUUGCUUGGACAAGGUGGAUCCACAAAAUAUCAUCUAAGUUCCAGGUGGCUUCAAGGUUUCAAGAGUGAUCGGGAUCGUCGUGAUCUUGUAACCUGUGGCUGUGCAGCUGGAGUUGCUGCUGCUUUUAGAGCUCCAGUUGGGGGUGUAUUAUUUGCACUAGAAGAGGUUACAUCUUGGUGGAGGAGUCAACUAAUGUGGCGUGUCUUUUUCACUUCUGCAAUUGUGGCUGUUGUGGUGCGGGCUGCAAUGGGAUGGUGUAAAAGUGGAAACUGUGGACAUUUUGGCUCUGGUGGCUUCAUAAUAUGGGAUAUAUCAGAUGGUCAAGAGGACUACUCUUUUAAGGAAUUAUUGCCGAUGGCAGUUAUAGGAGUCAUUGGAGGUUUACUAGGAGCUUUGUUUAACCAACUUACUAUUUAUGUAACUCGCUGGCGACGAAAUUAUUUGCACAAGAAAGGGAAUCGAGUCAAGGUAUAUGAAGCAUGCCUCAUCUCCGUGAUAACAUCAGUUAUAUCUUUUGGACUACCACUUCUGAGAAAAUGCAGUCCAUGCCCUGACUCGGAUCCUGACUCUGAAAUUGAAUGUCCAAGGGUUCCUGGAAUGUAUGGGAAUUAUGUAAAUUUCUACUGCAGUAAGGACAAGGAAUACAAUGAUCUUGCGACUAUCUUCUUCAAUACCCAGGAUGAUGCCAUUAGAAAUUUGUUUAGUGCAAGAACAAUUCAUGAGUUCAGUGCCCAAAGCUUGUUGACAUUUUUGGUUAUGUUCUAUGCCUUAGCAGUAGUUACAUUUGGUACUGCUGUUCCUGCUGGUCAAUUUGUUCCUGGAAUAAUGAUAGGAUCAACAUAUGGCCGUCUUGUUGGUAUUUUUACUGUUAACCACUACAAGAAGCUCAACAUUGAAGAGGGAACAUAUGCACUUUUGGGAGCUGCUUCUUUUCUCGGGGGUUCCAUGCGGAUGACAGUGUCUCUAUGUGUCAUUAUGGUUGAAAUCACAAAUAACUUGAAACUUUUACCUCUUAUUAUGCUUGUUCUUCUCAUAUCGAAGGCUGUUGGUGAUGCUUUUAAUGAAGGCUUAUAUGAAGAACAAGCACGAUUGAGGGGCAUUCCAUUGCUGGAAUCAAGACCCAAGUAUAAGAUGCGGAAAAUGACUGCCAGAGAUGCCUGUGGAAACCAGAAAGUUCUCUCACUUCCUCGGGUUGUAAAGGUUGCAGAUGUGGUUUCUAUUUUACGAAGCAACAAACAUAAUGGUUUUCCUGUGAUUGAUCACACGAGAAAUGGAGAAACACUUGUUAUUGGACUUAUGCUUCGAAGUCACCUAUUGGUACUUCUUCAAUCUAAGAUAGAUUUCCAGCAUAGUCCUUUGCCUUGUGAUCCCAGAGGUGGAUCCCGAGCAAUUAGGCACAAUUUUAGUGAAUUUGCUAAACCUGUUUCAAGUAAAGGAAUAUCAAUAAAUGAUAUUCAUCUUAGUUCGAAUGAUUUAGAAAUGUACAUAGAUCUUGCACCGUUUUCGAAUCCCUCGCCAUAUGUUGUACCUGAAGAUAUGUCAUUAACAAAGGUUUACAAUCUUUUCCGCCAACUAGGAUUGAGACACAUAUUUGUUAUACCUCGUGCAUCUCAUGUGAUUGGGGUGAUCACCAGAAAGGAUCUACUGAUUGAGGAGGAAAGUGGGGAUUCAGCUAUUUUGGAGCUCCAAUCAACUAGUGUAAGAGCUCAGCAACAUGAGAAAAGAAUGUUGGUAGGGAAUGCAGAUGUGGAGCGCCCGCUUCUCAGUGGCCUUUUGAUUCAAGAUCAUACACCUAGUUGAUACGGUUCUUUUUGCUUCUACCAUUUUCUGAACCUAAAGAUCAAAUUCUUUGUUCUUCUGCAUAAAUUUACCCAAAUAGGUUAAGACACGAUGAACCACGUGAACUGAAUUUUUGUAUUAUAUUCUUAGAACUUAUUAUGUAUUUUUGCAUUUGUGUUUGAUUUAUUAAGUGGAUCUCUCAUUCUCUUCAUUUACAUUGGAUUUUGCAAUUUCAAAUAUCCUCAGUUAAGCUUGAUUUUGGAAAAUCAGACAUUUCAAAAAGGAGAUGAGAAUAUUUCAAGAAAAACCAGAGGUCAGAAAACAGUUUUUAGGUUAAGAAAAUCUUUUGUGAGAAUUCCAAACAUAAUCUGCAAACUCUACAUGGAUGAUAUCUUUGAAGUUUCAAAAACUCUGUGUGGGAAGAGUUUUUCAUGGAUGGGAUCUCUAAAGUUUUUAAACCUUUGUUUAGGAGGAGUUUUACAAGGAUGAGAUUUUAAAGAUGUGGAACUUCUAAUCCAUGGUCUCAUUACUUGCUUUGUUACAUGCCAUGUAGUUUAGGCAUAGACUAGUUGCCUAGGUGUUUGUUAAAAUGCCCUAGUAAUUGAAAUGGCAGUUUAAUUUCAUUCAUUGCAUUUCAUAUUAGUUUAAUGUCAUGAUUAGCACUUAAUUGUCUUAAAUAUUAGCAUGCACUUUAAUAACAUAUAUCACAUAUUUUAAUCCUUAAUUAGGGAAAUGGAAUCAUUGUUAUUUGGCUUGCUUCUAAAGUUCACCCAAAUAUUGGGGAUUGUGAGGUUUAAUAAUCAUUGAUCUCCUAACCUUAAAACCUAGAAAUCUUAGUCCUUAAACCACGAAAUCCAAAACCCUAACCUUGAAACCUUUGUCCCUAAACCACAAAACCUAAAAUCCUAAUCUUAAACCAUAAAACCUUAGUCCCUAAACCCUAAUUAUGAAACUUUAAAUCCACGAAACCCUAACUUAAAACCAGGAAACCCUUAAACCUAACCAUAACCCUAAAAACUUAAUCUUCAAAGCCUACCCUAGUUGAAACCCUAAACUUAAACCCUAGCUAUAACCCUAAACUCAAACCUUAGACCAAACCUUAAUUCCCUAAGUCUAAGCCUAAAAUCCUAAUCCUAAACCACUAAAUCUUAAACUUUAAUCUUCAAACCCUAAAUUUAUGGAACCUUAAACUUUAACCUUAACCCUAGCUACUCGAAACCCUAAACUUUUCCUAAAUCCCAACCUAAAUCUAAAUCCAAAUCACAUUUUUAUGCGUUUGCAUUUUACUUGUUUAAUAAUUUGUUAUAUACAUUAACAU